AUGGACGCUCAAUUUCUACAAGAUAAGCUUCAAGCUAUUUCGUUCAUCGUUCCUGGGAAUAUAGAUAAUGAGAGAGAUGUUUGGGAGUACAUAGACCGCCUAACUGGCCCAGGUGACCACCUGAGGUCAGUCUUGGAGAGAAGUGAGAAUACUGGUGAGAUAAUUCAAGACCUCUUGUAUUUAGCGGAAUUUGAGAAACAACAUCGUAGAAAGUCAGGUGGUGAGGGUAGAAAUGGCAGCUUAUGUUACCAUAUUAUGAGGGUGGCAUUAGAGCUCGAGACUCCGGCUGCAGCGCAAUUGAUAAACCGUUUAUACCUUCGUGGUUUUGUGAAAGAGCUUGUUAAAGCUAUGUUGAUGUACUUCGGUACGACCGUCAGUAAUUCUGAGAAGUUGGAUUGCGAUAGUGUGUUAGGUGGUUUAUUGAAGGAUUCGGGUACCACAUUGCGUAUAUGCGCCCACGCACUCAAGGCUAUGGAUAGAAAGAUAGAUGUGGUUGAUGAGGAUGGAGAGUGUAAGAUGAGGUUCAAGCAGUGUCGGGAUUAUAACGUUGCUUUACGUAUAGUUGAGUUGUUUUUGGAAUCCUCAGUGAUGAAGGAAGAAAACAACUAUGCAUAUAUAACCCGCAUGUUUCAUCCUAGGAGUGCGGUAUUGCUUCCCAUUAAAAUGCAGUUUUUUGUUUUGCAUAUUUUAGCCCGGAGGAUCGAGUUAGAACGUCAGGAGUUGCCGGGUGAGGGUAAAGAGGCUGACACUGAACCAACCAGUCAACCGCCAGUAACGGAGCUUGCAGAGGUUCCUGAAUCGCAGGAAGAAACACUGGAUUCUGACAAGGUGACAACUGUAGAACCGGAAAAUGUGCCCAAUGUGAAGACGGAGGGAGUCAGGGAAAAACCAACCCUUCGGGAACGACAGCUGAGGUCUAAAGACAUGCCAACUAACCUUUUUGUGGCUGUAAGAUUGUUGAGGAAAUUGUCGCUUAUGUGGUCUGAAAGUGUUGAUCAAGAUGUUAGUUUGAGUUCUGAAUUUGUCAUUAUUGCCGCUGGUAUAGUGAAGCUUCUGGAGAUUGUUUAUAGCAUAGACGACGAGUUGAAGAGCGAACGAUUUUUGCAUAUUGAAUUGUACCUGACUCAAGGAAUUGAGGCCAAACUUUCUUCGAUGGAUCGCAAUUUGUCUUCUGCUUCGAUGUACAUUGCAUCGGCGAUGUCGAAGCUUGUAGUAAGACGUGAAGAGCUUUUGGGUAACGAUGUUGACGAUGUGAUUGACUUAGAUGAGGAAGAUUGCCUGAUUGAUGAUACUUUGCUCCCUAUGCAACUUGCAUCUGCACCAUUUGUCGUUGACGGUAUCGAUUAUUUCUUGGAUGGAGCACGUGGUAACGCCAAGCCGUCUGAUUUGAUAGAGCAAAGUAUAAAGGAAACUGAGGAGAAACUAACCCUGAGGUCAUCCAAGCGUGAAACAAGUGACAAUUAUGAUAAGCAUCACGUUACGAAAUUGGUAAAUGACAUUUUCGCGGACGUCCCUCUGGUGGAAUUUCGAGAAAUAGAGCCCGCAGAGAUGCAUAUAUGGACUGAUCCGCCUAAACAUAUACAGCAAUGUUUCGAGCGUCUAUGUGGCACACCUGUUGCUGCAGAUGUUGAGGUAUCGAGGCUAUUGAACAAGGCUUUGAAUAAACCUCGCAGGAUGCCCAACGCUGCUAAGAGGGAUAUGAUAGCGCAGACCCUUUUGUAUUUGCCCAGGGUUGUGGCACGUGACGAGCCUAUAUUGGAUAGAUUUGCUGUACCAGUUUGCCAAUUACUUUUAAAGCUUGACAAUUUGGAAUUAUACGAGGAGGCCUUUGUGGAGCAGCUUACUAAGUUGCGACUUUCAAAAGAUGAUGAACGUAGAGUCGAGGAUAUUAGGAUGUGGACUGAACUGAUUGGUGUAACUGAAUGCUCAUCCGUGAUUAACAUCCAAGCUCACCUUGCGCAUGCUCUGGGCUGCAUUGCUAAAAAACGUCCACUAAAGGUUAUCCAAUUCUUUUGCCAGGCUAUAGCUGACGGUGAAUAUUCGAUAUAUCAGAAAUUGAUAAUGCUUUCCUGUAUGCAACUCACGGCAUAUCAUCUAAGCGAUCUCCCGGAAUGCUACAUAGGUAAGAAUAUUAUGGCUCGUGUUUUGCACAUGUAUUCCCUAGUGGACAAGCGAGCUAGCAGUGAGAAUAAUGCUAGGUCUCGGCUUGUCUCUAGACGAAGGAGCCCAUCGCUGGGUAGGAGUGUUCCUAAGGUUGACGCUAAGGAUAUUGCCUUACGUGAGAGGCAGGACGCGUUAUUGAAACCUGCGGAGAUAUGGCACUGUGGCAUAGUUAUUGGGAAUGAUUACGAUUAUCGAACUAAGGAAGAACGUAUGAUGGCUACAUUACCUAGCUGGAGCGGUAGUGAAACUACUAGUUCGGGAGCGUCGAAUCGGUUUUGUAGUAGUAGGGAGAGUCUGUUUGUACCAGCAAACAACCAAGUAGUGCAGUCUGAUUUUUUAUCACGGCAGACCCCGUUAAUCGAGGAAAUCGUGAGGGAGUCUGAUGAAGCUAGGGUGGAAGCACCUUCAGUUGAUGUCAAUGUGAAUCCCGUUAAUGCUUCUGCUGUAGAGCCAUCGGGGGAGGUCAGUGCUACAGAGGAGGUGGAGCGUAGGACACCGGUUCUUCACAUAUCGGAGAGCAACGAGUUCGCACCACUUGCAAACAUGGCGAUAAGUUAUCUUGUCCAGGCCGCUGAGCGCUGCAUAAAGAUCGAAGAGCAGAACCGUACUCCAACUGUUGCGCAGCUGUUGGUUAUCUGCAUGCUAGACACUCUUAUGUUAUAUUUACUUUGUUCUGGAGGUCGCAUUUCUCCAGAAGUGUUGUACGACUGCAAGGGUAUAUGUCUUGUGUCUUACAAAGUGGCCCCGAGUAGCGAGAUGGGUGACCUUGUGGUUCGUCUCCUAACUCUGAUUGAGAACGUGGCGAAAGAAGCCCAUAUAGACGUUGAUAGUGUAAUUCAAAGGAUUAGGGGUCCAAAUCGUGCGCGUUAA